AAGUAAAUGGGUGUACUCACAAUAGAAGUUGAAUGCCGUCAGUCAAACUACUGCAGAUUUCAUUCGAACCAUAGCUGUGAAAAAACACUCUUGGUAAAACUUGAUGAUAUGGAAUUUAUACCGAGAAGCCUCAGAAAGAGAUGCCAGAUACUUCCGUGAGGUUCAAAGAAACACUGUAGAUGGAAUGCUCAACAUGCAUGUCGUUCCUAUCCAAGUAAUGUGACAAGCACGUUGCUGAACAAACAUGACAAUGAUUAACAUGCCUUGAGAAGCUGCAGAAGAAAACCUUUGCAAGAAAGGUCAUCAUAUGUUGACAUAAACAUGUCAAAAUGUCAUCAUCUAGGGAGAGGUUUUCAUUUAAUGACUUUGAUAAUAUCAUCAGCCUGGUGUCACGAGAGGUAUUUAAAAUGUGCAAGGAAAUGAAUGGUUGAAAAGUGGCAUUGCUAAAUAAUUUUAGAUCAAGCUAACAUUGUAAUGAGGAGUGGAAGUAGCAAUGAAUAUCAUGUGAGAAUAUUUGAAGGUUUCAAAAUUUGCUUGAUAGUUCUUUCUGUUGAGCAAAUGGAAGGAUUAAAUGUUUGAAAGAAAUACAAGUGGAAAUAGAACGUUUGGAUAUUCUAAGAACACUUACUGAUAAUUUGAAUACAUUGUGUGUGUGUGUGUUUGGGGUAUAGUUAACGGAUUAGUUUCUCUAAAGUGAAAAGUUCCUCAGCGAUUAGGUAGCUAGUUUGCUUGUUGGGUGAUAAAGGUGGAACUUUUUCUCAAAAUGGACAAAGGAAUAUUAAUGAUAGAAUCCUGUAAGACUGGUGACAUUGAUGUCAUUAGGGCCUUGAUAAAACAGGGUCUUAACAUCAAUGAAAUCCGCAUUGAGGGCACAACCCCUCUUUUGGCAGCCUUGAGUUCCGGACAAGUUGAUAUAGCAGAGUUCCUCUUGACAGCAGGUGCCUCGUUGCAUAAGACGGGCAUUCUUCAUGAAGCAUGUCAAGUUGGGAACAUUCCCAUGAUUAAUCUUCUCUUGGAUCAUGGCGUCGACAUUAAUUUCCAGCAGAGUCGGUCAUUGCAGAGUGCACUGCAUGUGGCGUGCAUCUACAGCAGGGAGGAGAUUGUACAUCUGCUCAUACAAAAAGGGAUUGACCUGAAUCUCAAAGAUGUCGCAGGUAGUACGGCUUUGUAUGAGGUCUGUCGCAGACGGCGGAUGGACAUUUUGCCAUAUUUGAUUGAAUCCGGUGCAAAAUUAGACAUUCAGAAUGAAAAUGGUAUGACUUGUUUACACCGCGUGUGCUUAGAUCGAUGGAAGGAUAUCAUUCAACUGCUGGUAGAGCGGAAUGCAGAUGUUAAUAUUUCUAGCGAAGCUGCUGGGUCUCCGCUUUAUAUUGCCUGCCUGUAUGGCAUGAGUGACAUAAUACAGUUACUUUUGGGUAAAGGAGCCCUGUUGAAUGCACAGGAUUGUAAGUACAGGACCGCACUUCAUAUCGCCUGCAUCAAAAGUAACAUUGAGAUUGUCCAGCUCCUAAUCAUUCAUGGUGCUACCACCAACAUCCAGGAUAAAAUUGGACGGACUCCACUUCACAUCGCAUGCACUAAUAAUAAGUGCAAAAUUGCAAGUAUACUUGUUGAUAAUUAUGCGGACAUUAAUCUUAAAGACAGCGAGGGAAGAACUAGUCUCCAUACGGCAUGUUUGCACAGCCAUGCAGACGUGAUACUCAUGUUGUUAAAAGAUGGCGCUGAUGCUAGUUUAACGGACAAUGAUAUGAACACUGCCCUUCAGCUUGCGUGCUUAAAGAAUCGGCCAACUAUAGCUAGCAUUCUCAUCCAAUACGGCACGGACUGUAACAAUCGCAACAAAAAUGACUGGCAAGCACUUCACCAAGCAUGCUCUGUUAACGCGGAUGCGGCCAUCAUAGAAAUGCUUGUUAUCUGUGGUGCCGAUAUAAAUGCUGCAGGUUUUGAAGGUAAAUCUGCACUCCAUGUGGCAUGCAAAUACAAAUACACUAAAGUUGUAAAAACUCUGGUCUUUCUCGGUGCUGACGUCAAUCUAUCCGACAACUACAAAGAGACGUGUCUUCAUAUUGCCUGUAAAUAUGGCUAUAAGGAGAUAGUUGACGUUCUGCUGGAAGCCGGGGCUAACACAAAUGUCCAGGACCGGGAAGGGAGGAGUCCACUUCAUUACGCCUGCACGGCUGGUUAUGUUUACGCGGACAUUGUCAGCAAACUCAUCGAGCAUGGUGCCAACCUUGACCUUCAAAACAACGCAUUAGUUACGCCGCUCCACAUUGCUUGCAGUUACAAACUUUUCAACGAACAGAUUGUUGUCUUAUUGGUGAAAGGCGGAGCUUCAGUGAAUCUAAAGGACAAUUCUGGGAAGACAGCUUUUGGGAAAGUUUUAGAAACAUGUCGCUCUUUUCUUUCCCAAGGGGUGUCCUUGUCAUGGGCAGCUAGCAAGGUCAUUGUAACCUUGGAAGCAUUAACUGAUGCUGGAUGUGACCUUGAGGACUUUGAUGACAUUGACAUUGCUUGUCUAAGUGAACCAUUGGCAACAUUCCUUAUAAUGGAAGCAUGUGGAAUCAAGAGAACGAUAGGUGCUACAGCUGUUGAACCCCUGGUGUGGAAGACAAAAACCAAAAUCAUGAAAGUCUUAGGCUGUUGUGGAUAUGCACCAGACAGCAGUGCUAUUGACACAGUUGCUCAGAUGCCAAAUGAACGGGUAGAAAAGUCGGCAUUCCAGAAAAUUUUCCUGACACCUAAUAAUUUGACGACGUUGUGUCGCUGUGCUAUUAGAAAGUCCCUGAGAAAAUCAGGGAACAGCAUCAGUGGUGGUCUUCGUCAGCUUCCACUCCCACCAACCAUAGUACAGUUUCUAGAUUUUAAAUAUAUAGAUGAAGAAAUAAAAAAUGCUUAUGACUGAUGAUAGAGACAUUCCUUGGAAUGUACUGAUGGGUGUUAGAAGUGUGUGGACGUCGCAAUUGUGACAGCCAAUAAAAAUUGAGUAUUGCUUACUUAUGUCAAAUUUGCAGGCCACUACAUAAUGAGGUGUUGGGUCACAAUUGGGCAAGUGGAGUGCAAGGUGUACUUUAUGUGCUUGGUUGUCAACAGAUUACAUUAGAAGACAAUUUCUAUGAAGAUGACUAUUGGAAUAAA